UCCCCUCAGAAUUGCAACACUCUAGAGACAUGCUUUAAUCAGUGUGGUGUGAUACAUAGUUUUCUGGUUUUGUCUAUCAGUGCUGCUCUUUCACAUUGCAAUCUAUUGCCUCCAGAUGUUGCAAACCACCUAGCUUUUCCUAAAAUGGCUUAAUUUAGUCACUUGCAUUCUUUAAAUUAAAAUUGCUUUAGUGAAAUAUGAAUUUUGUGUUUUCUCAUCAAGUCCGCCUUUAUCUUUUUCAUCUUGUGUUUUUUCUUUGCUUUUCUGUCUGCUUAAAGCCUGAUUCUUCAAAAAGUCUUUCCCUGUGUAACCUGGUCAUGGAGGAAGCCCCAAACAGUGGGUCAUCAGAAGAUAUUAACAGAACUCAAACUGAUCUAGGUUCACUCAACUGGGGCCUAGAUGUUAGCACACCCAUUGUCAGCCAGGAAGUUACUGCAGGCGGUUCUUUGCUUUUCCCUGGGGCAGAGCAAACCUCAAGCGAAUCCACGGGUACUCUGCCUGCUAGUGUUUGGCCUGCUGUACAGAAGCAGGAGGAUGCUGCUCCAGGGUCAGCGUCUGUAAACGAAAACCAGAGGACUUCACUGGAGGACCAGUUGGAUGCCAGAAAUGUCCCAUGGGAAGAUGUGGUGACCAAUCAGCCUUUAGAGAACAUAACCAGUUUUGAGACACCCAUCCUGGGAACUGAUAGCUUGUUGGAUGAACCCCUCCCAUGUGAUGUGCAAAAGGCAGAGGAAGAGCGGGAGGAAGACGAGUGGGCAGGUGUCAAGCCAAGUGAAAAGGUAGAGACCAGAGCUGUUAACUACGAGGAGGUAGAAGGUACAGAGGAACUGGAAGAGCAAGGUUGCAAAACCAAGGGAAACAAUGAGGGAGAACUUCAUGAGGUUUUAGCAAAAUCAGAUCUAGAGUUAGAAGAUAAUGAUGGGGAUGCUGAGAGAGUUGGUAGUGCUAACCUAGAAAACCCCAGGGAAGAAGAAUUCAAAUGGGUCAAUGUCAUUAAGGAGAAAGAUGGAGAAAUACCAUUGUUAAGCACAGGGCUGGAGGAUGGGGACAAAAUAGUAGUGGAUAACUAUAAAACUAUAGAAAGCACUGGUGCUGAACCUGAGGGAGUCUUUGGUAUCUGGGAUCAGGACCACCAAAGGACAUUUGCAGAUGGUUUAGACCAAACUGACAGUGGUACUAGAGAGAGUACAUCCAUGGAGUGUGUAAAAAUGAGAGUACAUGUUGACCUAGAGGUAACUGACCACACAGAGAAGGACCUUGCAGAUACUGGAAACAUUCUGUGUGAUGCAGAAUUACUCAGUGCAGAAGAAUCUGGUAAAGGAACUGAAGACAAUAGCAUCAGCCUCUUCACAAAUGGUAGUGCUGCUGCUGAAGGACAAGGUGCUGCUGAAAAAGAGUGGCCAUUGCUGCCUGAGGCAGCUGAUGCUGCUAGCAAAAGCUGUGGUAAUCCUUGCCUAGAUAACGCAGAAGACCAAGUGACAGAUAGGGCAGCAGCAGCAGUAGCUGAAGAGCAUCCUAGUAGCGGUGGUGUUCCUGAAGCCUUGGAAAUGGACCCCUGGCUGGCGAACUGGGAUCCAACAGUUACUCAUGAUUCCUGGGGUUUUUCUAAUGUGUCAGAUGUCCAAGCCAAUGGACUGGAUAAUUGGCCCUUUUUCCCCAAGGACCAAGACUCAGAAGAAGGUAACAUGGAAAAUGUUUGGUUAGGCAUUAGUGAUAAAUGGUCUACACAAGACCUAGGAGGUACUGGUACCAGCUGGGGAGAACUAGGUGCAAGCACAACCAAUAGAAUUCAGGAGACACCAGUAAAACAAGGCUUGUCUGGGGAGCAGGCAGGCAUUAGCAGUCCUGGACCAAGCAAGGAGAUAGCUAGACCCUUGUCUCUGUUUCAAAUGGGAAAUUCCAGAAAUGCUAGCACCGAGAGUUCAACUAGUCCUAAAGACAAUGAGACCAACAACUCAGAUUUAUCUGAAGAUGAAAUUGCUAACCGGAGAUAUGGAUUGUUGUACCAGGAAAUUGAGGCUGAUAAAGAAGAGGUACCUACCCCAGUGUGUAGCCUAGUCUAGACAAAGAGUUCCUUAGGUCAUGCAUAACCUUGUCAUUUAAAAACAAUCCGUGUGUGUUUUUCCCACUGCCUGUCCUAAGCCCGUGCUACUCUUUUUCUUUGGAAGCUGCCAUGCAACUGUUCAUAGUGUGGUGCCCUUCAGCCAUGCAGUGAAGCAGGCUGACAAAACUGCAUUUCUAAACAGGGAAUGAAGCUUUGAGCUGUGAUGGCACAUCGUGUCUCACAGGUUUUGUGUCUUACCUGUAGAACUUUAACAGCACCUAGUCCUUUUUGGUUUCUUGUUUUAUAGAAUUGCUUAAGUUACUCUGCUUUUUGGUUUUGUUGUUCUCUUUAAGCCUGUGACGCCUCUUACCAGCUAGCACUGUCAUCAAGUUUCUUGCUGCCUUACCCCUCAUUUUAUUCUUUUUUCCCUUUUUUAAUGUCUGGCCUACAUUUUUAUUGUGCAGAUAAAAAUGUUUUGACUCCUGUUCUGCUUCAGUAAACAAAUGAUAAUUUGUUCUGAUCUUCACUU